CCCUAUGGCACGAGGAGAUUAACUGUAAAGAUAAGGCAGAUGUAUAUAACUGUAAAUAUAAAAUAUAUUGGUGUGAAGCCAGUACAGAGCGGUGUCCGUCAGUCUGUCCGUCCGUCCGGGCCGGGUCCCUGCCGCGCGCUCCCGGCCCCGCGCACGCGCAGCCCCGCGCAGGCGCGCUGGCUCUGUCCCGCUCCGGGCCGGGUCCCGCUCCGGGCCGGGCCGCGCCGCCGCCGCUAUCGCCUUUCCCUGCCCGCUGCCGCCGCCGCGAUCGCCUUUCCCUGCCCGCUGCCGCCGCCGGAGGCUGCGGGUCCCGGCGGGCCGCGGGCGGAGCGCAGCAGCACCAUGUCGGCAGCACGGCCCAGCGAGACGGUGCGCGAGUUGCCACCUGUUCCUUCUACAUCAAGGACAAGUUUUGCAGAGCUUUCUGUUAGGCAGCGAAUGAGAGAGAAGCUAAAAGCAGCAAGGACAAAAGCUGAAAUUACUUUGUCACAAGAAGACCCCAGUCCACAACCAAGGCGCUUAAAAGCCAUCAGAGAAAGAAAACCAGGAGUCAGAUUGGAUAAAAGGUCUGAUAAUGAUAAAUUCAGGGAGAUGCCAGAGGGUGAAUCACACUUACCAUCAAAAGUAAAGUUUUGUGAUUCUGUAAAAAAGCUUAAGCAAAAGUCAACAUUCCAGAAUGAUUUUCCUUCUGAGGAAGAAGCAUAUAAUUUCUUUACUUUCAAUUUUGAUGCUGUACCAGAGAAUAUGAAAGCUGGAGCCAGGAAAAAGAAUGGAUUUAAUGAAGAAGAAGAGGUGGAAGAGGAAUGUGUUGAAACUCAUGAAGAUGAACAAGAGGAGGAUGAAACGGAUGAAGACGUACGCCUAGUGAAAGAUGAUGAUUUAUUCAUAGGGCAGACAGAUGAAGACCUUGUAGUAGUGAAACCUGUUGAUUGUGAAAGCUACACUGAGCAACUGAAAAGGGAGAAAGAAUUUCUCUUCAUUCCCAGCAUGUUAGCAGUGCCUGCUUCUGAGAAGAUGCCUAGAAAUAUGCAGCCCAGGUACCUUGAGGAUGAAGGUUUUUACACUGGAGAAAGGCCCUUUGUGUCACAGUCUAAUCAAAAUAUUUUAGAAAACAGAAUACUCAGACAGGACCAAGGGAAAGAAUGGUUUGGUGAUGAUGGCAAAAUCUUAGCAUUGCCUAAUCCAAUUAAACAGUCUUCUACUAGGCCUCCAAUACUCUCGCUCGAAGAAGGCAUUGCACCAGAACUUGAAACAGUGUAUAGAAAGGCAAUAAAAAUGACAUCUACCAACCAGUAUUUUGUUGGGCCUGGAGAUUUUCAGGGGCUGUUUCAAUUGGAUAUUGAUAUUUCUGGACUGAUAUUCACCCAUCAUCCCUGUUUUAGCCGUGAGCAUGUGUUAGCAGCUAAACUGGCUCAGUUAUAUGAUCAGUAUUUAGCAAGAAAACAGAAGAAUCUUACCAAACUUCUCACAGACAAGCUGCAUGCUUUGAGGAGUGCAGUGCAAUGUAGUAUGGAAGGUGCUGGUGAUGGUGUUCCUGUGGCUCAACAAAGCAUACCUGAAUACAAAAUGGAGAUCAGACAAACCAGAAGACUUCGUGAUGCUGAACAAGAAAAAGACAGAACAUUGCUUAAGACCAUUAUCAAAGUUUGGAAACAAAUUAAAUCCCUCCGGGACUUUCAGAAGUUUACUAACACACCCAUGAAACUUUAUUUGAGGAAGGAAGAGGUUGAUCAAAAAUUGGAUGAAAAAGCAUAUGAAGCAGAAAUUCAGGCUGAGAUAAAGGAAUUGCUAGAAGAAUGUAUGGAAGAAUAUGAAAAGAAAAUGGAGGAGUAUAAAACUGAGCUACAUGACUGGAAAUCCUGGAAGAAGGCACAGAAGUCCAAGAAGAAAAAGAAAAAAGAUACUCAUGUAGAGGAAGAAUCAGAAGAUCAUGAUUUUGGUGAGGAACGUGUAAGACCCAUCCCACCUAAAAUGGCCAAUAGCCUGGAAAUAGAGCAGCAGGUUAGAGAAAAAGCUGAUAACUGCAGAAGGAAACCUGGAGAACCUAUUCUAGUUCCUGAGCUGACCCUCUCAGGAAGCAUAACUCCAACUGAGCAGUGUCCUCGAGCAGAAGUUUUGCGACGAGAGGAUGUGAAGAAACGCUCAGCAUUUAUUAAAGUCCUUUUCAACUCCAAAGAAGUGUCAAGGACUGUUACCCGACCAAUAAGUUCCGAUUUUAGAGUUCACUUUGGACAGAUUUUCAAUUUACAAAUAAUCAAUUGGCCAGAGAGUUUGAAAUUACAGAUUUAUGAAACGACAGGUAUCAGCAGUACCACCUUGUUAGCUGAAGUGUUCUUACCUGUUCCUGAAACUGCAGUUCUGACAGGCAGUGCUCCUCUGGAAGAAAUAGAGUUCAGCAGCGAUCAGCGUGUGAUGUUGGAUCAUGAAGGAGUUGGGAGUGGUGUGUCCUUUUCAUUUGAAGCUGAUGGUAGCAACAAAAUGACUUUCAUGACCUCUGGGAAAGUAUCCAGUAGUGUCUCUUGGGCAGUUGGAGAAAAAGGAAUCCCCUUAAUUCCUCCAGUAUCUCAGCAAAACACAGGCAUUCCAAGUGCUUUAAAAAAUAUUGAUGCUAUUGCAUCCAUUGGCACAUCAGGCCUAACUGAUAUGAAGAAACUAGCUAAGUGGGCAGCUGAAGCAAAACUUGAUCCAAAUGACCCAAACAAUGCAGCUCUAAUGCAGCUGAUCAUGAUUACUACAAGCGGAGAGGCACACGUUCCUGAUUUCUUCAGAUUGGAACAGUUGCAGCAAGAAUUUAAUUUUGUUUCUGAUGAGGAGUUUAAUAGAUCAAAGAGAUUCCGACUGCUGCAGCUCAGAAAUGAGGAGGUGGCAGAGUUCCGAAACUAUAAGCAAGUCCCUCUACAUGAAAGAGAAAUCAGUGAGAAAAUCUUCCAGGACUAUGAGAAGAGAGUGCAAGAGAGGGAUGUGAUUGACAGCAAAAAUUACCUAGAUGCACACAGAGCAGUUGUUGCCAACUAUCUGCAGAAGGUUCGAGAAUCAGUAAUCAAGCGUUUCCUCGUAGCAAAACACCAUUUCAUUCUCUCUGACCUUGUCAAUGAAGAGGAGAUUCCAGGCCUGGGCAUUUUGGGACUCGGCCUCUUUAAACUGGCAGAGCCAAAACGACCAUUAAGGCCAAGAAGAAAAGAAAGGAAGAAGGUCACAGCACAGAAUUUAUCAGAUGGAGACAUAAAACUGUUAGUGAACAUCAUCAGAGCCUAUGAUAUUCCAGUGAGAAAAGCAGUGAUGAGCAAACUUCAGCAGCCAUCGAAAUCUUCAAGGUCCUUUAACGAGAUGUUUGCAGCCUCUCCAUCAGCUCAGAGCCCACCUAACAGCCCAGACUGGGCAUUCAACCAGGUUUUAGUCCGUCCUUUUGUAGAAGUUUCUUUCCAGCGAACAGUCUGCAGGACAACAACAGCAGAAGGUCCAAGCCCCUGCUGGAAUGAGGAACUUGAGCUUCCAUUUAGAGCUCCUAAUGGUGACUACAGCACCCACAGUUUGCAGUCAGUAAAAGAUGAAGUCUUCAUUAAUGUUUUUGAUGAAGUACUUCAUGAUGCUGUAGAGGAUGAUCGUGAAAGAGGAAGUGGGAUCCACACUCGUAUUGAGAGACACUGGCUGGGAUGUGUUAAGAUUCCAUUUACCACCAUAUAUUUUCAAGCAAGGAUUGAUGGUACAUUUAAGGUCAAUAUUCCUCCAGUCCUCCUUGGCUACAGCAAAGAAAAGAGCGUGGGCAUGGAGAGAGGUUAUGAUUCUGUGCGAAAUCUGAGCGAGGGCUCAUAUAUAACUCUGUUCAUUACCAUUGAACCACAGCUCAUCCCUGGAGAGCCUGUCAGAGAGAAGUUUGAUACCCAAGAAGAUGAGAAACUGCUCCAGGCAGCAGAAAAAUAUGAAGCUGAGUGUACAUCAAAGUUUCCAAGCCGCCAGUGCCUAUCAACUGUAAUUGACCUUGAUGGGAAAACAGUUUUUAUUACCAGAUAUAUCAAACCUCUGAAUCCACCACAGGAGCUUCUUGAUGCUGUCCCAAACAGAUCUCAAGCAGCAGCAGAACUGGUGGCUCGAUAUGUUGCUUUGAUUCCUUUUUUGCCAGAUAGUGUGUCAUUUGCUGGAAUUUGUGAUUUAUGGAGCACAUCAGAUCAAUUUCUUUAUCUUCUGGCGGGAGAUGAGGAAGAACAUGCCGUGCUCUUGUGUAAUUAUUUUCUUGGUAUGGGGAAAAAAGCCUGGCUUAUCAUUGGAAAUGCCAUUCCUGAGGGACCAACUGCAUAUGUAUUAACUUUGGAACAAAGUCAGUAUGUAAUUUGGAAUCCCAGUACUGGAUGUUUUUAUGGGCAGUAUGAUACUUUCUGCCCCUUACAAAAUGUGUACUGUCUGAUCAGCUGUGAUAAUAUUUGGUUUAAUAUGCAAGAAUAUGAUUCCCCAGGAAGGAUAUAUUUUGAUAUCAGCAAACCAAAACUUUGGAAGCCUUUCUUUUCAAGAAGUUUGCCAUUCCCUGGUCUCCGCAGCAUUCAGCCUGAAGAACUAACUUACGAGCCUUCGGAUAAGGCUGCUGCACUGGAACUGCAGAGCAGGAUUGAAAAAAUAUUAAAGGAUAAGAUUAUGGAAUGGAGACCCACACGCCCAACACGUUGGAACAGAUACUGCACCUCCACUCUCCGUAACUUUUUGCCGCUGCUGGAACAAAAUCAGGGCAAAGAUGUAGAAGAUGACCAUCAGGCAGAGCUGCAAAAACAGCUGGGGGAUUACAGGGUCUCUGGAUUUCCUAUUCAUAUGCCAUAUUCUGAAGUGAGACCUUUAAUAGAAGCUGUACACAGCACAAGAGUUCACACCAUUGAUGUUUCCAAUGUUGAAUUUGCUCUGGCUGUGUAUAUUCAUGCUUAUCCCCAAAAUGUUCUCUCUAUAUGGAUUUAUGUUGCUUCACUGGUGCGAAAUAGGUAGUAUAGACCAGUCUGAAUACUGCAAGAAAUUUGCUUAUAUAGGUGUAAAUAUAUGAUUUCUCUCACUGCUGAACUAUUCCAAGUAUCUUAAAAAUCAAAUGAGAAUGUGAUUUUUAGUAGCUUUAUUUGCCCUAAAAGCACUAAUUACUGCUAAGGAAGAAACUGACAGCAUUAAUUUCCAAUACUAAUAGGUGAUUUUUAUAUAGUCUUUUAUAGCUCCCUGUGGGACCUCACACUCCUUAAGCAUUACAUAUGUCCACAUAUAAGUGAGAGUGCAGAGUAAAGUGUUUCCUUGGUGUCCCUGUAGCUAGUCAGUUUAUCUACAGCUGUUCUUCCUCUUCAAAAGACACUUGUAAAUAAAAAAUUUCCUCUACCUCAGUUCCUGAAUUUUUAGCUAUGAAUAAAUUUCAUAUACCUAAGAACAUCAGUAAAGAGACCAGACUUCAAUUUUUGAGGGGCUGCUUCAUAUCCUGCUCUGUAUUUUGUCUGUCUAAUGCCAGCACCAUUUAAUGAUGGAAGACAUUUUUGUUAGAAGUUAAAGAUGAAAGAUUUAAUAAAUAUUUUUAUUAAACCUUAAGCAGAAGCUCAUUCCUUUUAUACAAGAAUUUUAUUAAAUUACUUAGGAGUAUGAAAUCCUUGUCUGCAAGUUAGCAAACUUGCAAGUAGAUUUUCAAAAGAAUAAUUAACUAAAAAUCAAAUUCUCUUACUAGUGUGUAAGUAGUUGUGCUGUUAAUACUGAUAUACAUAUCCUUUUCCUGCUGUUAUCUUGCUAAUCAAACUCUUCAAGUAAAAAUUACAGUGGGCUGAGCUUAGGAAGAGUGUUCAGCAGGACCCUGAACUUGCCUUUGUUGAAUUCCAGAUGGUUCCUUUCUGCCCAUCUCUCCAACCUGCCCAGGGCCUUCUGAAGGAAGCGCAGCACUCAGGGGGACCAGCCCAAAGCUCCUCACAGCUUUGUGUUGUCAGUGAACUUGCUGAAGAGGCAUCUGGACUCUCAUCCCAGUCACUGAUGAAUAAGUUAGCCCAGUAUUGAACCUUGGGGGACACCACCAGUGGCAGGCCUCCAACUAGAUCCUAUGCCACUGACUACAAACCUCUGGGAUCUGCUGUUCAGCCAGGUCCCAAUUCACCUCACUGUCCACUCAUCCAGUCCACAAUUCCUGACCCUAUGAGGAGGUUGUGGGAGAUGGUGUUGAAAGCCUUGCUGAAGUCAGAGUAGACAAUAUCUGCUGCUCUCCCCUUAUUCCUCCAGGUUUCCCCAUAAAAGGCAAUCUGGUUGGCCAAGUAUGAUUUACCUUCAAUGAAUCCAUGCUGACUAUUGCUGAUCACCUUCCUGUCAUCCAUGAGAAGAGAUGGCCUCCAGAAUGAGACACUCCAUUACCUUUCCAGGGACAGAGGUCAUGCUGACUGGACAGUAGUUCCUUGGGUCCUCCUUCUUGUCCUUUAUGAAGACCAGGGUGACAUUUGCUUUCUUGCAGUCCUCAGCCACUUCUGCUCUCCAUGACCUUUCAAAGAUGAUCAUGAGUGGUGUCACUAUAGUGUUUGCCAUCUCUCUCACCGCUCAUGGAUUAGCUCAGAGUCAGGGGCUGUUGCCACCCUUCUACAGGCCCCACUAGCAUCACAUGAUGCUUUGCUGAACACUGCUGGCAUCUCCCAAGUUUAUUCCAUCCUCAGCUAUGUCUACACUAGUGUUUUUCUUACCUUACUCUUCAGUUUAGCCUGACCAAGAUGGUGGCAAAACUUCCAGUUUAUUGUAACCUCCAGCUCUGCCUGCACACUGACUUCCCAGACACUUUUCCCUAGAAUCUUGAAAGCUACUAUGUCACCAUAAAUUUGCUCUAAAUAAAUACUAUUCAAAAGAAUUUAUCCAAUUAGGAAAACAGAUAAAAAUUACUAAGCUUGUAUUGUCAGUCCUAAAAAUUAGGCAGGAUAGGAGAAAGAAAACAACCUGUUUGCCAUCUACAAAAGCAGACACCUGCCCUUCAUCUGCUGUAGGAAAAACCAGCCUGCAACUGUGCCAACCAUGAGCAGGUGGCCAGUGGGCUCUCCCUCAUACCACCACCACACACACACUCAUGCACUUCUCAUCUCUUCCUAGCACGUGUUUCACUAAUCACAACAGAAUUUCAGCUCCCUGCCAGUCUCUACUGUCCAGAGAGGAAUCUUUUUAACUAUCAAAGCAAGGGGGAAAAUUUAUUGCUGUCUUUCACAGAGUUCAGAUUAAUGAAAAUUGACUUCCUUGGAAGCUGUUUCAAAAAUGCAACUUAGCAGAGUCAUGGGAACCAUAAAACCAACCCAAAACCCCCAUACAUACUGCACAGUUGACAGCUCUGCAACCAUGACAACAGCCACCCACAUGCCCAACCUCUGCAGCUUCCUGGCAUGGCGCUCUAAAAGCACAGAUAUUCAACCGCUGCACACAUUUUUUUAUUGGUGGGAAUGUUUUAUUUAUGUCUUUCAAGCCCAAAUACAAAACCAAAUGCAAAAGGAAGGUGGCAAUAUCCCUAAAUUUGCAAUAAAAAGAACAACUUCAGGAUGAGAGGAAAGGGGAAGAAACCAGACUCCUAAAGAUGUAUAAUUGUUACCCAAAUGCAAACAGUAAAAUUAAAACUCUCUGCAGAGGUUUAUAUUGUACUUACGGAUUCAAACUUUAAAAAAAAAGGAAGUCACCUAACACAAAAUAAUUCAGUAAAGUACAGUUAAGUGCCAAAAUUGAAUAAAGUGGCAUUAAAAAAAAACUGAAGAUUUUCCCAUCUUCCCCAAAUUAUGUAAAAUAAAACC